GAGGAUAAACAGAGAGUUACAACACUAAGCAGGUCGUAUAAAUACGUCUUGUGUUGAAUUUGUGCAAACGAGCUAGUGUGUGUGACGAGUGUAAGCAGAGAGAAGGUGGACAAUGAUCUGAGGUGUACUGGGUGUCCUGCAAAUGAGAAACUAGAAAGCAGAACUGAAAGGUCUAUAAAACUUUCCACCCCCUGUUUCAUCAGCGCUUACGACGUUGAUAAGACAUGGUGCACGUAUAUAACUGCCAUCCUUACGCCUCACAGCAGAUAGUACAGGUGGAGCAGGAGCCUGGGUUGGUCUGCUGUGGAGGCGGUGCCCUGUUUGUGGUCACAACUGGAGGAUGCAAGGUGGAAGCCUACAAUCUGGUGCAGGAAGGAUGCCCUCUGAUCUGUCGCUUUGCCACCAUGGGCACUGUGAGGAGUAUCCAGCACAGCAACAUAGGAGACUAUCUGGUCACCAUUGAGGAAAAGAGCAACGCCACCUACCUGAGAGCCUACACCAACUGGCGUUACCAGGCAGAGGAAAAGGCUCGUGUUGGGGUGCGCUUGUUAGGCCACCUGCUACGUGGGGCGUCUCAGAGGGGCAGAGUGCAAAUGGAGAUUAUUGAGAUUCCAUUAUCGGAGCGUCCUAUCUCUGUUGCAUGUUGCUCAGUCACAGGUGACCUCCUGGUUGGCUGUGACAAGACUCUGGUUCUGUUUACUUUGAGAAGACAGAACCAGCAGAACCUGCAGAACAUGCAGCACCAUUCACACACGCAGCCGAAUUCCAGUCAGAUUCCAGACCAAACCACAAAUCAACACUGCUCGUUUUUGGACUUUGAGCGCUCUGUCAUCUUGCAUUUACCAGGAACUAAACCUAAGCAGGUAGCACUGUGUGCAGGAUAUGUAGCUGUGCAAGCUGACCUGGAGGUGCUGGUUUUGAAACUGGAUACAAAUCCUGAAGCCCAAGACCUGAAGGGGGAGUCGGAGGCACCAAAAAAUGACCAAGAUGAGGACCAGGCUGACUUCCUUCUUCUUCCAAGACACCAGGAGUUGCUCGGUGAGCGAGCUAAAGACUGUGAUGUCCCUGUCAGCAUUGAGAAAACCGGGUUGGAGGACAGAGCGCAAACCUCCUUCUCAUAUGUUCUCUUUAGGCGUUUUACUCCAGAUUACUUUCAGGGUUGCAGUGUGGAGGAGACACACCUUCACUCCCUCAAACUUCACCCACUAUUCACAACUGGUCAGUCUUCAGUAGAAGAACCAACUUGCGUGUUCUGCUUCUUCUCCCUUCCCACUGCGGGUUACCUGUACAGUCUGAAAGGCGGAGUUGAGCUUCUCUCAGCCUAUCAGUACCCAGAGAAGGUCUUGCAGGCAGUGCUAACAGACCACCUGUUACAUGUCAUCACCAAGAGUGCGCUUCAGUGCUUUACAGUGCGUUGUGCAGCAGUAGCAGCCAGGUUUGAGGACCCCUACAUCGAUACCACCAUGAGGGCCUGUCCACCCUGCAGCCUUGAAGUUUGCGCCCUCAGGAUGCAGCUGUUUAUUGGCCUGCGUUCAGUAUGUGCUUACGGCCGUCACGUUAUCCUGCUCUCAACUGCUGACAUGGAAACACCAGAGGAGACUGAACGCAGCACACAGCGCCGAGGCCUCAUGUUGAAAGAACACACCAUGCUGACUGGUAUUUUCCUGGCGGUGGGAAUUGAUCCCACCACCACGCCAGGUCUGGAGAGCCUUCUAUCACAUCCCUUCCUGAGCAAGAAGUGGACGAUGUCUGCUCCUAAAGAGACCAUCCCUGUAGGUCAUGGAUGGAACCUUUACGUGGUUGAAACGGUCUCUCCACUCACUCUCUACCAAGAGAUGGUUGACUACAGCCAGCAUUAUGCUCAGACCAACCUGCAGGCCCAAAGUCUUUGGCAUCUCCUCAGUGAAGCUCACCUCCUCCUCCGUGCCUCCUUGCUUCAGUCUUCACAACAGCAGCAUCCCAGCAAUGGUGACCCUCCACAGAGCCAUGCAGAGACACGGGUUGCUGUUCAGACUGACAGACAAGAACUGGAAGAGGCACUAAGGGAGAACUGCGCACAGCUGGGAGACUGUUUCAGCAGGGGCAGCCACAGGCACUGUCAUCUGGCUUUGCCUUACUACAGAAUGUCUGGUCUGUCAGUCAGUGAGGUCUUGGCCAGGAACCGCCCUCUGCCCACCAGCCCACACUCCUACGGCCCAGGCUUCUUGUUUUACCUGAAGCAUUACCUUUUAGAAGAGACAGAACAGCAUCUCAGCCAGGAAGCAGCGGAUGAGCUCAUUGACAUUUUCAGCCAAUCAGAACCUUCACAGCUCAUCAGCGCGUGCGCCAGCCCGAUCAUGAUAAAUGUCAAUCCCGCUCGGACGCUCCAAAUCUUGCAACAUGUAGAGGACACCGCAGGCGUUUCUGUUGCACUGACAAUCACCAUGGCAACCAUGCUGCUGCGCUUGGACAAUCUGCCACAGUACACACAGCUGAUGGAGAGACACGCUGAGAUGGUGUUGGUAUAUGGCUUCAUCGAGGAGCCAAGGCUUUUGCUGCAUGGGGGAGACACCCACAUUUGUCCCACCGCCUUGACGCAGCAGAUGGUCAAGUCCCAGCCUGGCCUGCUCGUGGCUGCCAUGGUGGCUCUGCAUGAGAACAACAAAGUCUACCUUGAACAGGUGGACUAUAUGUUUAAGGUGCUAGGUUGUGAAAACAGUUUACAGGUGGAUUUCUGGGAAGCGAUGCUCAUGGCCUCAUCACAGGAAGCUGUCAUACAGGAGCUUCUGUUCCGACUGUCUUCCGUCUACAUAGACCGGCUGAUGCACACAAAUUCAGACACGCUUCUGCACAAACAUCCAGCACGCAGGUCACUGAAAAGCGCUGAUGACCUGAUAAAUUCCUGCGCUCAUUACGGUGCCUUGUAUCCGUGGCUCACUGUUCUCAGUCCACCUCACACGACCAGCUCCCCCCACCUGGAGGCGUUACACAAAAUGCAGUCACUCCUCUGUGGUCCGUCCCUGUCUGUGGGCUCAGUCACGCCUUUGUUUGAAAGUAUGUCGGAAAAGACAUUAUGGGGCUUCAGCCUGCACCUUCUCUGUGCCACCAGAAGGGGGCAGUACGAUCGCAGCAUCGAACAGCUUCUGGACAGAUGCCCGCAGGCUAUUAUUGCCUAUGCCAAUCACCACUUACAGGAUGCAUACAUGGCCUUGUGGUGGCAAAAGCUGCUCCCAGAACUGUGUAGCCGGACAAGAGCUGCGACAGACAACAGCAUCCUGUUGGCUGCUCUCAAAGAAACACUGGUUGUGGUUGCCACGGAGACAAGUCCUGCAGAGUUCCUGGAGCUGGUACCUGAUGACGGCACAGCCUCGUACUUUUUACCUCACUUGUUGACAUGUAGCCAGAGACACCUACUGGCCUAAUACACACACAUACACACACACACACACACACACACACACACCCUAGCCCUUUGGUCAUCUACUCAAGUCAUAUACAAGGUGUCCCUAAAAUGUGUAUACACCCUUUAGGAGCUGAUAUUAGGGGUUUCUCUCAAGAGCUUGAGAUUAAAACAUGACAAGAAAACACUGUCUCGUGGGCACUAGGUCUCAGACAAUAACUAAUUACUCACACAGUAACUGAACUUGAUCAUUUUCUCGGUUUCAAUAUGUUGCCGUGUGCAUGCAUGUCUGUUUUCCCGCCUCCAAACAGGCAGGAAGAGGGUUCAGUCUGCAUUGGUUUCAGCACCUUGGCGCAUUGGCGAACAACGGCAUGAACGGAGUGAGCCUUUUUGUCAGUCAUACAGUCUCUUUGUCUCGGUGGGUGGAGGCGGGGUCACUAGCAUACACAGAACAGUGUAACGUAGAAAUAAAAUGAUAAGAUUGCAAUAUAUUGUCAUAUUUUUUUUCAUUGUACUUUUCUUAAAAGUAAUGUAGUCAUGUAUCGUCUCGUCUCGUGAACUAAUAUAUAUAUAUACUAAUAUAUAAACUAAUAUAUAUGUAUAGAUAUAUAUGUGUGUGUGUAUAUAUGUAUAUAUAUAUAUAUAUAUAUAUAUAUAUGUAUAUGUAUGUAUGUAUGUAUGUAUGUAUUUGUACACACAAUGUGUGACUCUACUGUUACUCAGCUGACCAGAAAGUAUGAACAGGAUAUACAGGAAAUACGAGAACAGCCUUAAUUAAGAAGUAUAGCUUAAUAGUAUAGCUGUGCACCAAAACAAAGAAGGCAGUAGACCAUAUUACGAAGUAUAUUAGACUUAUUUGUUGAUUUAUUUUUCUGUUUGAAAUUUAAUAAAUCUAAAUUUUGUUUUUGUGCGUUACAUGUGCAUUAUGAUAUGAA